ACAUCUGUGAAAUCAUUUGGUAUUAUUGAAAACCUUCAAUGGCACAACCUCGGCCUAAGUGUCACUAACAGUAACGUCACGGUGACUAUUGAUGAUAAAGAGUUAUAUUCUCCCCCACUCACGUACAUUUGCUACAUUGUUAGAACCGGAGGACUACGAUUUGACUAUUGGAGGUUUAUUAUUCGUUGGGAGUGUGACAGCACUGAAUCUCUGGGAUGCAACUUCAAAUGAUGUAGAGUUGUCUCCCGUACAUAAAUGUUCAGAUGAUACUCGAGGCACUCUGUUAUCAUGGAAACAAUUUGAAGAAGUGGAGGGCCCCUUCGUGCGAAGCGUCAGUCGAUGCGAUGAUAAUGACAACUGUGCAAGUUCUCCUUGCCAGAAUGGGGGUGUUUGUCUAGAUGGACCCGACACCUUCACUUGCACGUGCAAGACUGGUUUGACGGGUGACCGGUGUGAGCUGAAUAUGGAUGAUUGCACGUGGAACUCGUGUCAGAACGGCGCUACGUGCAUAGAUGGAGUAGAUUCCUUCACGUGUCAAUGCACUUUAAAGUUUAAUGGUGUUUUUUGCGAAAUCCAAAUUGGUACGUCAUUACAGGAUUUAAUUCGUGUAUAAAUGUGUAGCCUUAAUUGAUAACGGCCUUGUUUAUGUUAGUCAAACGAUGCGAUAACAUGAAGAUGUGUUUUAUAAUAAAUUAGAAAGUAUUUGAAUUAAUACAUUGAACUUUCGAAAACUAUUGGCUUUCUGCACUUACUUUACUAUUAAAAGUUGACGGCGGUUGGACCUCCUGGGGAUUGUGGGGAUCGUGCUCAGUCACGUGUGACUCUGGACAACAGAUGCGAGCCCGGGACUGCUCUGAUCCGGCACCUGAAAAUGACGGGUCGAAUUGUACAGGCAACGAUUCUGAGAUUCAAACGUGUACUAUGUCUGACCUUUGCGUCUAUGAAUGUGACGUCGAUCCUUCCGACCCUCUUCACGGGUCCAUGAACUGCUCAUGGACGGGGCAAGGUACUCGGCAGUGUCUGCCGUUCUGUGAAGAUGGCUAUGCGUUCGACUCGGAAUUGUUUCUAGACAACAUCAUAUGCGGCCCAGACAAAGGCUUUGAGUGGAAUAUCCGCAAUACUUAAAACCCGAAUGUGCAGAUUGGAACAUGUGCAGAGAUCAAGCUCGCCGAAGGAAACACUCUGAUUUAUUCGGGUGAGUACGAAGACCUCACACCGGAAGUGUCGGUACGCGACUUGACGAAUGUGUCAACUAUUAUACGGUCAACCGUUCAGGCUGUGGUGGACGGGUUACAGUGCGUACAGAACGGACACUGCAGUUUGCGUUCACUGGCGGUGACCGGUAUGAUGGCGGGUAAUAAAGUCAGUCGACGUAAAGGAAACACUGAACUGGUUGGGUUCGAAGUUGAGAUAUCGUGCAUACCCGUAAAAGAUCCUCGGUCGUGCUAUAAUAUACUCGAGGAGGCCUACUAUACUCUCCAGCGACUAGUGAACGAGAGUCGAUUCUCCAUACUGGUGGAUCAUACGCGAUAUGAUAUUGUCUCCAACGGUUCAUCUGUUGAUGGAGAGGUUUCAUGCCCGCCAGGAACUGUGGAGAUUGAUUUCUUCUGUGUUCAAUGCGGCCCAGGCAGCUAUCCGGUAGACUACUACUGCGAGCGCUGCCCACGUGGUACCUACAAAGAGGACUUCACGAGCCCACAAUGUACGCCUUGUCCAUCAGGCUGGACCACAAAUGGACUGCAGACUCGUAACGCUUCCAUGUGUAUUGUUCAACUAUCAAGGCCCGAAGAACAUGGACAAGUAGGGAUAGUUACCGUAUCAUGUGCUGGUGCCAUAACAUUGGAAUUAGCAGUUCUCGUUUAUUGCUGCAUGCAACGCUGCAAGCAUGCUCGCCGACAUCCUACCAAAGAAAAUAAUACUGCAGAGGUGUUAGAAAUACCGAUUGCUUUAAACUCCGGGCGUCUCGUCACUGCGGAUGCUCCAACGCGCUUCCUGCAGGUCAGCCACAACUCUCCAGGUCAGCCACAACAUAACUCGGAAUGGAAGCGUAUGGCAGACCUUCUGCCAGACGGGUCAUACAUAUAUAACCCAAGUCGUUAUUGGGAUUCAGCGAAAGCCUCAUUCAUUAGUUUGAUGGGCUCAGCUAGAACGAGUAUGACCGUGCGUCGAUAAUCUGCAUCUGGCCAGAUGACUCCAAGAAGCAAAUAUCUGUAAAUAUCUGUAUAAUUGAUCACGUUAUGUAUUGUUAUGUAUCAAUUUAAAAUACAUGUUAAGGAAAAAGACAAGCCUUUUAAUACGGUAUCAUGUUAAUAACUGGCAAAAAGAGACCAAUAUCGGCUCAUCAUGUAGUUGUAUCUAUAGAUUUGACAG